UAAUUACAAUAAAUUUAAUUUAACAUACUUCAUAAAUUGAAAACCUUAUAAGUCUUAAGUUACGUUUGUGAAAUAUAAAAAUAUAUACACGGAAUUAGAAAAAUGAUUGUAAAUUAAAAAGUAAACGAAACUUUUAAUGACAAAAAGUGAAUGUGUGAAAAACAUAAUAAAAAAGUGAUAAUUAUUGAAAAUUAACUGUCAGUAUUGGUUAUUUUAAGGCGAAUUAAAUGAUUUAUUGUGUAUUUGGUAUCUUUUGUAACAUCUUUUUAAAUUCCACUUAAGAAGCAUUACAGUAGAACACAGUCUACAAAAUCAAAUUGUAACGUUCUUUAAAACAUUAUCAUAGACUUCCGUGAUUAUAAAAUCAACGUCCAUUAAUCCAAAACAGUGUGAGGCCAAUUCAAUCCGUAACAGUUUGUAGUUAAGCCUCAAUUUAUAACGACUGAUUACAAUUGACUGUAAUAGUGUUAUCAAUUUAAUUAUCUGGUAAUAUCUCGAUGAGUGGCGCUUAUCAAUAUUAAUCACUCACUAGAAAUUUAGUCAGCUAUCAAUGUUUGCAGUGCAGAGACAAACCAAUAAUGUUAUGAAAGCUCAUGUUAGUAUAAUUCUUAUGUGCAUUCAAUAUUUAGUGACGAGUAUUUCAAAGUUUUGGACCAAGCAUGUACAUUGUAAAAGUGAAUAUAAAUAUACUAUUCAUGUUUAGUUUUCUAAGUGAACAUUUUGUGUAUGAGUGUCCCUGACAAUAAGGAAAUAUUCUUGUAAAUUAUGGAUAGUCGCAACCUGUCCAGGACUACAGGGUCAGUGGUGCUACAAGUGGGGGCGCUAGAAUGGCUGGCGAGGUACUCUAUGAACUCCGGUCGUGCCACGAGUGCGUUGUCAUCGCUACACGAGUUCCGGACCCAGGAGGCCGAACAAGUCGGCGGCAAACAAUGGAACUGGAAGUAUUUGAGAGAUCAAUUCGACCAGAAAGAUCUGGAAGGUUUAUAUAGAAAAUAUGACGACAAACUGAGGGAAACACUCAUAUAUAUUUACAUAUCAUUGUUAAUAUUGUUCUCAACGAUUCACAUUGUCCUAGUUAUCAUAGGCACCUACUCAGAGGGCAUGUUCCAGCAAAUACCGUGGCAUUCAACGUAUCUGUCUAUGAUCAUGUACAUUUUGAGGAUCACCAUACCUACGCUGUUCCUAUGGAAGGGCAUUUACGAACCUAUGAAGAGAAAGUGGUUUUGGAUACCAAUAUUCGUCACUUUUGUCAUUACUGUGGAUCUGGUGGCAACUGACAUAGUGGUAGCAAUAUACAGUUCGUUCGAGGGUAUGCGCCUCCGGCCAGCAUACUCCACGAUGUCUCUGCUCUCCGUGUAUAUCUUCUUACCGAUGAGAAACAAUUACCUGGCCAUCGUUCUGGGUGUGCUGGUCAGUGUGUUGUAUGUCCUCGUCUUCGCAUUCUUCACUUAUGUUGAGGAUUCGCAGAUGGUUGGUGUGGUAGCCUCCGAUGUAGUAUAUCUGGUUGGAGUCAACCUUAUGGGCGUCUACUUCAGACUGAUGAACGAAAUUGUGACGAGAAGAUCCUUCCUAGAUCGAAGAGCGUGUGUUGAAAGCACUUUACGAUUGAAAUUCGUGAAAGAUCAAGAGGAACGUCUUAUGUUGAGCAUCCUGCCUGAACACAUUGUAUCCAGAGUCCGAGAAGACGUUAGAACUAUUAUCCUGGGCAUACAAUCCCGCAACAUAAGUCAGAAUUUAAAGUCAUUCAACCAUCUGUACGUGGAGGAGCACGACAACGUGAGCAUCCUGUACGCGGACGUGGUCAACUACACCAUGAUAUCUACAACCCUCUCGCCAAUGAGGAUGGUGGAACUGUUGAACGAACUCUUCGGCAGAUUCGAUGAGGCCUCUGAGGAACACGACGUGCUGCGUAUAAAGUUCUUGGGUGACUGUUACUAUUGUGUAAGCGGUGUCCCCAAACCAAACCUUCAGCAUGCAAAGAACUGUGUAGACCUGGGCCUAGAGAUGAUCCACAUAAUAAAAGACGUUAGGGAAAAGCGUUCGCUGAACAUCGACAUGAGGAUCGGAGUUCAUUCUGGAAGAAUACUGAGUGGACUCAUUGGCAUCAGGAAGUGGCAGUACGACAUCUGGUCCAAAGACGUCACCAUUGCAAACAAAAUGGAGUCCACUGGUAAAGCGGGAAAAGUGCACGUAACGAAACAAACACUGGAACUAUUAUUGGACUACGCCAGAGAAUAUAUAAUAGAGCCGAACUUUGAAUCUCAAAACAAUCCUUUCAUUAUUAAACACAAGUUGGAAACAUACUUACUUUCCCGACCACAAAGGCCACCAAUCGAAUAUAAACCAUUUCGAAGAGCCUCAGUGGGCUUCAACAAAAUAAUCAAGAAAAGCUCUAGACGAUCGGAAAGUAGAAAUUCAACGAAUUUCCGAAGAACAACCACAUUUAUGGACGAAAAUCUGGUGGAAUACCAGCAAAUGCUGAAAGCAGCUGACGCUCAGAUGGCAAAAGAAAUCGAAGAUAUGACUAAAGGAAGCGACUAUUACCGAAACGAUUCUAAAUUCAACGCCUUUACACUGAUGUAUAACAAUUGUCAACAGGAGAAAACGUUUCUGCUUUUGCCAGAUCCACUAUUUAAGUAUUACAUGUUAUGUUGCCUCAUCAUCUUCAUACUGAUCUUAUUGAUCAAUGCUUUGACUACAAACUGGCUCAAGGGCUUCCAGUGGUGGAGCUGGACCAUUUUUGGAAUUCUUCUCAUAUUCCUGAUUGCCUUGCAACCACUGACCUGGUUCCAAUUUCUCUGGAACAAGUACCGCGGCAUUGAUGAGCCGAGAAAUGAGUACUGGCGCAAGAUAUACGACAUAUCUUCCAAAAUAACAAAAUCGGCUCAAAUAAGGACAGUGGUAUAUAUACUAGUGAGUCUGGGAUUAGCCGCUACAUCAAUUGUAAAUGUGAUAUCAUGUACUGAAGUAGAAGUAAAACCGGCUUCUGAAGUCGUUCUGUCGAACUGCGUUUCUUCGUGGCAUGUAACGCAAUGUUGGGGAUUAGCAUUGUUGCUGAACUUUCUCUUCAGCAGAGUUUUCUUUAUCUUCAAAUGGAUCGUAGCUGGGGGAAUGACUAUGUUCUACCUUUGGGUUGUCUGGGAGAUUAAAUCCGCUCUUUUCCAAGAAGACACGACUUGGAAUGUGGGGUUAGAUCCACGGAUUUCACACACACUGUCAGUGGUAUUCAUCACCAUGACAUUGUACUGGAUUGAUAGAACAACAGAGUAUAGAAAUCGAUUGGAUCACCUGUGGCAAAUGCAAUUGAGUGAAGAACAAAAAGAAGCAGAAACUAUGCUAAAAGUAAAUAAUAUGCUUUUGGAGAAUAUACUGCCAGCUCAUGUUGUCCAAAUAUACUUAGAUUUAAAUAGAUCUAUAGACGAGUUGUACUAUGAGAAGUAUGAUAACGUAGCGGUUAUGUUUGCUUCACUGACUGAUUACAAACUGGGCAUAGAAGAUGAUAUGGACCUCAGCGACAAAUUCUUCUUGAGUAUAUUAGAUGAAGUCAUCUCGGACUUUGAUAGGCUCCUUCUGACAGGAACAUCGACAUACAAAGUGGAAAAGAUCAAAAUGGCAGGAUGGACGUACAUGGCUGCAUGUGGGCUAGACCCGAACAGGCGGGAGUCCUUCGACUCUAGCUCCUACACUAGCACAAUUCCCGAUAGAAGACAGAACACUCCUUACAACAGGGCAAUAGUUCUCACGAUGGUGGAAUUUGCCGCAGCUAUGAUGAUGCAGCUGCAAAAUUUCAAUCGUGGAUCCUUUCAGAGCUUUGAGGGGAUGAACUUGAGAAUUGGUAUUUCCAACGGUGAGGUGGCAGCUGGAGUGGUGGGGUCGUUGAAACCGUUAUAUGAUAUAUGGGGCCAUGCUGUCAAUAUGGCGUCCAGGAUGGACUCCACUGGAGACGCUGGUAAAAUUCAAGUCACAGAGAACACAGCAAAAAUACUCGAUGACUGCGGCAUCCUCACGACCUACAGAGGAGAAACAUUCGUUAAAGGCGCCGGAUACAUUCGAACAUACUUCGUACCACUCGAUGAAGAUUUUAACUUGAUUAAAAAAGAUAAAUGUAUGAUCUUCUACAGAACGGAAGACAGAAAUCGUUACUACAAUGUUAAGAAUGAAAUACUAUUAGGUGAAAUUUCAUCGGAUAUAGCAGACACUGAUGUUAUAUCUGAAGUUACCACAUACGAUGCUAGAGUUCUAUCCAUAGAUUGUGAUUCGGAAGAAUACGAUGACGACCUUAAAGAUAUGAGCACAAUAACACCAACUGACAUAGACAAUGACGAUGAUAGUUAUAUAUCAACAGACCCUGAAGUUAUAGAAACUUCAUUAUGAUUAACUAUUUAUGAUAUUGUAAGCAUAAAGUUAAAAAUGUAUAAUUAAUUAAGACAUUUAUAUUAUUACGCCGUGGUAGCCUACUUGGAAGAACGCUUGUCUCAAGGUCGCAGGUUCAAAUCCAGCACGGGCCUAAACCUAUGAUUUUCGAAAUCGUUUUUCGAAUUCAAAUUUGGAUCAUAAAUGGUGAAGGAAAACGUCGUGAGGAAACCUACAUACUCGAGAAAUGCGUUUCGGAGGUAUGUGACCUAACCUGUAUUGGGCUGGUUUUCCCUUCGCGGGUCGACAGAUCAGACACACAUUCGCUUCUGUAAAAUACCGGACCUGUCAAAUCUUCAGGUUAGGUAAGCGGACCCUGUGAAAACGGGAUAACGCUAGAUAUAUGAUGAUAAUAGAUAUUACUUCAGUGUUUGAAAGAAAUAAAACAGUUUAUACAAUCUA